AUGUCGUACACUUACAAGAAGGUCUACCAAAUUGAAGAACUUAUGGCUUUGCGUCACAGUCUUCGGUACAAUAUAGAAUUGGUGGAUUUGCUUUUGCACCAGAAGAAAUGUACUAAAAGGUCAACUUUCAAGCCAAAAAGUGGUCUUAUGUAUCCCAUAACCGCAUUUGUAGUGCUACAACCACAAAUGCCUGUAUACCAGCUGCCUCCCUCAGCAACCAUGGAUCAAGAGAAGACACGUGUCUUGUUUUCACCACCGCCGAGUUCAAAUGAAGUUUCGUCUUUAAUGACGCCACUGCAAAUGAAUCAAUCGGAGCUGGAAACAAAAAAAUUUGCAAUGUUGCCUGCAAGAAUCAUUCCGGUAAUAAAGAUCCCUACUGGAAAUCCCAUUCCAGAUGGGGGAAUACCUGUUGAAUCAUUACAGUACAGUUAUAUAUCCAGGAAUGAUGGGUGUUUUUAUAGUCCAAUGAGUCCAGAAAUGUUAUGGAGUAAAGGCAAAGUGAAAAAGUCGAAUGAACAGAAAUUGGAACCUGCUUUAAAACCAACAAUGGAACUUACAAUGGAACCUACAUUGGAACCGACAAUGGAACCUACAAUGGAACCUACAAUGGAACCUGCUUUGAAACCUACAUUGGAACCUACAAUGAUACAACAAGAGGAGAUGAAUACCAAUUUUUCCGAACAUUCCAUCUCUUCUUCCUUACUUACCUACGAAUCAUCCUCUUCUAGUGAAAUUUUCAUCAAGAUCCAUCCAUCAAAUUGA